UACUAACUGCGAAAGGGGUCCAGUAGGGUGGGAAAUGCGCAAUAUAAUGAUGGCAAUAAUUAAUUAAUUUAAAAAGAUGCAGCAUCUGAAAUCCGAUGCACAGUCAACACAUUGUUGCGCCAGUACACGAAUGUGAUUCCCCGCUAAUAAACGCAUUUUUGGCACGUAAUGCAUCAACAUCAUCGUCAUGCGUAUCAGCAUCGCCAAAUUGUUUACUCUUCCAUCUCACAACCGCCUCCCGCUGAAGUGUGCCAUUAGCAGAAACAUCAGCAAGGGGUCUCUCUCACUGGUGCACAUUAUUGAUGUGAUGGCAAAUUCAAGACGAGCCUGUAGCUAUAGACAAGCUUAGCUGCUUACGGGCGUGACUUUGCAUUCGGAGAUUUUGUAUCAAAUUGUUUUAUCUUUGUUUUGAUCAACCCAAUGAACGAUCUGGACCAAAGGGUCGCGCAAUUGGAACAAGUGUCUUAUGCAUUUAUUAUUAUUAUUUUUUUACAUUUACAAUACUAUCAUUUUUCUGUUAGUUCUCUAGUUUCACUAUUGUAAUCAUUCACCUUCUAUUCAGAUUAGUCUGUGCUGCUGUACGCCAGUGAAACUUGGCAUGUAUCAGUGGGGAACUCUCAACAGCUGCUGGUUUUCAUUGGCAAAUGCCACAGGUGUAGAGUAGUGCACUAAGACGUUUACUGUUCCGAUUUUUUAUUUUUUUUUUAUUUUAUUAUUUCACUUCAUAUCAUAUAAUUUCUAUAUAUUUUAUCGUGUUCAAUUUUGUUUUAUAUGAAUUCAUAUUUUCUUAUAUGUAUUUUUUUAAUUUAAUUUAAUAUACUUUUCUAUUUUUGUUCUUUUUUAUUUUUUUUAUUUUUUCCAUGUUCUUUUAUUUUAUUUUAUUUGUAGACUUCCGUACUGUUUUUUUUUUUUCAAAAACUCAUUCACCUUAGACUGUUAUUUUCAAAAUAAACUUACUGAUAUCCAUAAUGUUUCCCUAAUACCAUUGGAACAAACGCAACGUAUUGAUUUUCUACCAUAGUUAUUUAAAAAGAACUAACCUUUUUAAUUAUUCAAUAUCGAAAACUCAUAUCCACAACAUUUAAAUUGGUGGACCCUUUGUUCCAAUUAAUUCGAACGAAAAAAAACUUAAUGUGUGGCCACAAACGUACGUCAUCGAAGACCACUAUUGAAUGUGCACGCUCAGUUAGUCUACUUCAGUGAGCAUUAGUAAGCGGAGGUGUCUCCCGCAGGAUUAGAUCCUUGUACAAUUACGCACAGCAAUUAGUACGUUGGGUCGGAACGAUUUUUUCCAAUAUGGGUGUGCGACAUCUGGAUACCUACAUCCGGGAAACCGUCCCAGGUGGAUUCAUCAGAAUCAAUAUCGAAGACGAAAUCCGAAAGUACUUCGAGAAAGCUGGGAAAACCAAUCCAAAGCCACCUAUUAUCGUAAUUGAUCUGAUCACGCUGUAUACACCGCUGAGUAAAUACGAUCGGAAAGGACUCUACUUCGGCGGGCGGUUCAAUUUGGCCUACACUGUGAUCGAUGAGUUUUUCGGUAAACUGAAAGGCCUGGGUGCCAAAUUAGUGUUCUUCUACGAUGGCCCGGUACCGGAAUCGAAAAACGAAACCUGGUGCGCACGUCAGGAUCGUCGAUAUGAGGAGAUGUUGCCGCUGAUUAGUGCCGUUGAUAUGGGUUUCGAUUUGACCACAUUGAUGAAUUAUUCUCCUCCUUUGAACUUCAGAUACGCUUUGAAAUUCAUCGCCAAAAAGUACGGAGAGCUGAAGGUGACCAUGACUCAUGAGUGCGAUCAAGAGUUGGCAGCCCAUGUGACAAAAGUGAACGCCCUGGCAAUCAUCUCCAACGACUCGGACUUUCUCAUCUACGAGGGAUCCUGGAAGUACUGGUCAUCUCGUGAGAUACAGCUGCCCACCCUGGUGACCAUGGAGUACAAUCGGGCCGCUCUGGUUAGACAUCUGGACUUGAGCUUCCAGCAAAUGCCACUGUUGGCCACUCUCAGUGGCAACGACAUCAUGCCAUUUGAUGUCGUGAAGCUGCUUCAUUACCAGCUUGGUUACGGGGAUAAAUUUUCCAAAUUGGCCCGGUACAUUAAAGGUCUCGGAAAUGGACCCCUCAACGAGGCGGCUAUUAGGAACAUUUUGAGCGCAUUUACAAACAGUAGCACUUGGUUUAAGCAGUUUCAGCAGAGCUUGGAUACCUACAGUGUGAAUAUCAACCCGCAAGACGGUUCCACUACUGGCGAUCUUGUUCAAGAAGCCCUUUCCAAGCAGGAAUCCGCCUUCAUGUAUCUGUUAUGGCUGGAAAAGCGACUGGACGUAAGCAUCGGGUUGGUAGAUAUGCGCAGAACGGAUUUUGGUCAGGACUACGGUCAGCUACAAAUUUCACUGAUUGUGCACAUGGCUGGAAUAAUUCUGUUCCAUCGCAAACCCCGACAGCCCACUCAGUGUUCGAUCAUCAUCAAAACGACCCAUCAUGAACCACAUCAGGCCCACAGUUACCCCGUAGUAUAUCCUCGAGGCAUCGAAACCCCCACACUACUCGACCUUCUGUCCAAAGACCCCGUCGUCCUGGAAGACCUUCAAACUGUGAAGUAUCAGCUCCUGGCGUGGAUAGCUUCGGACACACUCAAUCCGGACGAACUGCGAGAAGUCCCACCGCAGCUACGCAUAACCGUUUUCAGCGUGUACUACCUCUUGGACCAAAAGGUCCUCGAGCUGUUUGAAGCCGACUUGCUACUGCAAGUAGCCUACGAUGUGGCCUUCGAAACGUACGACCCCAAAGCCGUCGAUUACCCCAGGAAGAUCGCGAGUCGCCCCUUCCGCUUGGUUUUCCUCUAUCAAACGAUCUACGGUCUUGCUACGAAGGCCUACCGCCUGGUGGGCUUGGAUGACGAAAACUUCCGUGACGACCCUCCCUUCGAUGGGGUUCUGUUUCACAAGCGAUACGACGAUUGGAGCAAAGGGCAGUGCGAGCUGGAGAAUAUUGAAGAGUGGCGUAUCUAUAAAGAACUUGUCUCCCAAAGUUUGAAAUUGGAAAAGAAGCGAUGAGUUUGAAAAGUGUGACAUUAAUGUAAUUUACGCCAUUGAAGAUUAUAAAGUGAAUAGUUAUUAGGAUAAAUAUAAUGGUUUUUCAUAAAAGUUAAACUUAAAUGUAGAGUGCCACGUAAGAUUGUAUUAAUUUCUGAUGUAUUAUAUGGGUUUGAAUAAACUGCAGAAGCGCAAAACAGUUGCUUAAUAAACUAUUCGUUAAGGGUUAAAGUAAGAGACAUAGGAAAGUGUUUUGAAAAUUGUUAUGACUAUUCUCAUAAAAAUUCCCACAGGAAAUUUCUCCAGGGAAUCAUCUGAAAAAUCCUGCAGAAUAUUCUCCACAGUUUUUUUUUUUUUGAUUAUUACUUUUAAUGAUUCAGACGGGAAUUCGUCCUGCAUGAGUUCAUACAGAGAUGUAUUUCUCCAGAAAUAUCUCCGACAUUUUCUCUAAGGAUGCCCCUAUGAAUUUCUCCACGAAUUCUUCAAGAAACCUGCUCAAAAAUAUUUCCCAUGAAUUUCUACUGAAAUUCAUAAGGAUGGUGUGCUUUUGAGGAAUCUUUACAGAAGCUGAUCUAGGCAAUUUUCUAGGUAUUUCUGCAGGAUCUGUUUUCGUAAUACGUACACAGAUUACUCCAGGAAUAAUAUCAGAAUUUCAUCAGAGAUUUCUCCAGAAAUUUACCUAAAAAUGCCGUACAACUCUUCCACCUCUACUGAAUUCCACUUACGGUGUCUCGUGAUAUAUCUCCAAUAAAGUCCACCGAAAUUACUCCUGGAAUUUCUUCAAGAAUUUUCCUAGGAUUCUUUCAGAGUCUCAAGAUAUUCACACAAUAGUACUUCCUGAUUUUUUUUUCAGAGAUUCUGCUUUAGAUUUCUUCAGAAAUUCCCAUAAGGAUUUUUUUCAGAAAUUCCUGCUUGGAAUGCUUCCAAAAUAUCUCUGAAUACUUCUUCAGUAUUUUUUUUUUUUUAAUUUAAGAUUCUAAAGUUUUCCCAUGGAGUUCCUAUUUUGUGAGAAAUUCCUUUAGGGAUUGCUGCAGGAAUUCCUACAAGGUUUUCUUUUUAAUCGCUCUUGCGGUUUCGUCAAUAAUAUCUCCUGGGAUUGCAUCAGAGACUCAUGCAAAAUUGCUUCAGAUGUUCCUCCUGGAUUUUCUUCAGAAGCUUUUCUUAAAAUUACAUAAAAUAUUGCUGGAAGAAUACUGGAAAGAAUCCCUGAAGGAUUCCCUUAACCCUAGUAGGAUGUUUAAGUCAGGAGGAUUAGGUUCAUAGGCGUAGCCAGAGGGGGGCAGGGGCGACCGUGCAGACCCACCCCCCUGGCCGUUAGAUUUUUUUUUACAAAUUCGAGCCAAUUCAAAGAUUAUCAGUAAUUCAGAGUUCCAAAAAAACUAUAUCAAGAAAUAAACUAUUCUAAUAAACACGGUUUUUAUCCAUAAUUAUCAAUCCAUUUUCACUCGAAAACCACAAGAAAUUUCGCCAAGUAUUUCUCCAAAAGAACCACUUCAAUCUUAUCAUAUAAUUUUACCAAAUAACAAGCUAGGUUAAAUGGCUAAAUUUUGUGAGUCCAUCCAAAGAUGCUAACAAUAAUUUGUCCAGAAUUUAUGGCAGACAUGGAUUUCUGCAUAUUUUUUUUUCUAGAUAUUCCUACAGAAAUUCUUCCAGGAAUUUGUAAAAAAGCUUUCCUGAGAUUUCCUAAGGAAUUCCUCAUGGACUCAUGGAGCUGCUUCCGGGAUUCCUCAUGGGAUUUCUUCAGGAAUUUCUCCAGGUUUCCCUCCAAGAAUUCUUGCAGCAAUUUCUUCUGUAAUUCUUUCAGAGACAACUCCAGGGUUAAUUUGGAAAAAAAAAUCUCCAAGGAUUCCUCCAGGAACUCUUAAGAAUUCUUUCAGGAAUCCCUCUUGGAGUUGUUUCAGGAACUCCUCCAGGAAUUAAUUCAGUACUUCCUCCAGAAAAUGUUUAGAGAUUCCCUAAGGAAUUCCCCUUGGUAUUGCGUUCGGGAUUGCUUCUGGGGUUUCUUCCGGAGUUCCUCCACGACCUCUUCUUGAAUUUCUCUCUCUUCGAUUUCUCCAUAAAUUUGAGAUUUCUCCAGGAAUUCUUCCUGGGAUUCCUUGAAGAAUUCCUCAAGAGAUUAGCACGGAUAUUUCUUCUGUGAUUCUUUUAGGAACAACACUAGGGAAAUUCCUCUAAGGAUUCCCCCAGGAACUCUAUGGUGAAUUCCUUCAGGAGUUACUCCAGGGACUAUUCAGGAAUUCCCUUAGGAAUGCCUCUUGGAAUUGCUUCCAGGAUUCCUCCUGGGGAUUUUUCAGAAAUUCCUACAAGGAUUCCUUUAGGCAGGAACUGCUGCAGGGGCCCUCAAGGAGAUUCUCCAGGAUUCCUUCAGGAUUCCGCCAAGAAUUUCAUCUGCGAUUUCUUCAGGAAUUCUUCCUGCGAUUCAUUCAGGAAUUUCUCAAGGGAUUCCUCUCCACGAAUUAUUCCAAGAUUUCCUCUGGAAAUUGCUGCAGGGAUUCCUUUAAAAACUCCUCCAGGAGUUCUGCUAGAGAUUUCUCCAGGAGUUUCUCUAGAGAUUCCUCCGGGAAUCCCUACAGACAUUCCUCUAGUAUAUUCUCCAGGGAUUCUUCCAAGAAUUUCUCUAGGACAUAAUUCGGGAAUUCCUUCUGUGAUUCUUUCUGGAACAACUUAUUUUAAAAACUCCCCCAAAGAUUUCCCCUGGAACUCUUCUAAGGAUUCCUUCGGGAAUUUUUUCAUGUAUUUUUUAAGGAACUCCCUCAGGAAUUUAUUCAGUACUUUCUCCAUGAACUGUUUAGGGAUUCCCUCAUGAAUUCCCCUUGAAAUUGGUUCCGAGAUUCCUUGUGGAGUUUUUUCAGGAAUUCCUCUUGGGAUUUUUCCAGGAACUGCUGCAGGGAUUUCUCCAUGAACUCUUUUAAGGAUUCCUUAAGAUUUUCUCAAAGAAUGCCAUCUGCGAUUUCUUCGGGAAUUAUUUCUGGUUCACCUACGAAUAAGGAGAAAAUCUCCUGGAGGAACCUGCUAAGGAAUUCACUUACGAAUUCCUUGGGAGAUUCCUCCACAAAUUUUAUCAGAAAUUCUUCCCGGAAUUCCUCUGGGAAUUCCUGCAGGGAUUUCUCUAAAAAUUCGCCCUGAAAUUCCGCCAGAAAUUCCUCUAUGAGCUCCUCUACAGAUUUCUCCAGAAGUUCCGCUAGUAAUAAUUUCCUCUAGGGUAUUCUCUAGGAAUCCCUUCAAGAAUUCCUACAGGAAUUCUUUCAGGAAUUCUACCAAGAAUUGCUGCUCCAGGGAUUAUCCUAUUGAUUAUUGUAGAGAUUUCUCCAGAAAUUUUUUCUGCGAUUUCUCCAGGUAUUUCUCUAGCAAAUUAUUUCAGGGACUCCUCCAGGAUUUCUCCAAGGUCCCACGAGGAAUUCCUCCAGUAAAAACCCCAGGGAUUUCUUCAGUGAUCCUCUAAGAAUUUUAUCAGAAUUUAAUCUGGGAAUUGAUUCAUAAAUUCUGUCAGCAAUUCAUCCAGAAAUUUCCUCAGGAAAUCCUUCACAGAUUUUUUUAAGAAAUUUGUUCAGGAUUUUCUCUACCUUCUAAAAUUUCUACAUGGAUUUCUUCCAGGAAUUCUUCCAGAUUUUCCUACAGGAAUUGCUGCAGGAAUUCCUCCAGGAAUUCCACUGAAAUUCCGCUUAGAAUUCCUUCAGGGAUUUUUUCCAGGGAAUUCGCCACAAUUUUUUCGAGAAUUCUCAAGGGAUUUUUUCAGACAUUUCUCCCUGAGUUAGAAAUUGGAGUUAGAAAAUCCUCCAUAAAUUCAUCCAGUGAUUGUUUCAAAUAUUCCUCUAGAGAUUUUUCCAGGUAUUCUUCCAGCAAUUCCCACAGGAAUACCUUCAGGAAUUCCCCCAGGCAUAUUUUCAGGAUUUUUUCCAGUAAUUUCUCUAGGAACUGCUCCAGGAAUAACCCCAGGAAUUUCUUCAAGAAUUCCUCUAGGAAUUUUCCUGAAAUCGCCCCUGGACAUCUUUCAGAAAUUAUGUCAGCAAUUUUUCUAGAAAAUCCUCUGGGAAUUUCUUCACAGAUUCUUCAGGAUUUUUUCAGGGAUGCACCCGGAAAUUUUUUUUUCUGUGAUUUCUUUAGGAACAGCUCCAGGAAAAUUCUUCCAAGGAUUCCCCCAGGAACUCUUUUUAGAAUUCCUUCAGGAGUUCCUCUUGGGAUUCAUUCAGGAACUCCUCCAGGAAUCAAUCCAGUACUUCCUCCAGGGACUAUUUAAGGAUUCCCUUAGGAAUGCCUCUACGAAUUGCUUUCAGGAUUUUUCCUGGGGAUUCUUCAGGAAUUCCUUCAGGGAUUACUUCAGAGAUUCCUCCAGAGAUUUUUCCUCAUUUUUUUCCAAGGAAUCCCCCAGGGAUUCCUUCAGGAAUUCUUUCGAUGAUUUCUCCAGAGGUACAGAAAUAAUAGAAAUAGAAAUAUAAAUUUCCUAGAAUUCCUUUACAGAUUCCUCCAGUAAUGCUUUCAAGAAUUCCCCUAGAGAUCCCUCCAGAAAUGCCUUCAGUGAUUCCUCCAGAUUUUUUCCAGUAAUUUCUCUAGGAACUCAUCCAGGAAUCAGCCCAGGAAUGUUUUCCAGGGUUCCUCUCCAGGGAUUCCAUCCAGAAUUCCUCUGGAGAUUUCUCCAGGAAUUCCCCAAGGAAUUCUUCCAGAGAUUGCUCCAUGAAUCUAAAAAAUUCUUAAGGAAAUUCUCCAGGAAUUCCUGCUGGGUUCAUCCAAGAAUUUCUCCAGGGAUUACACCAGAAAUUUGUUCAGAAUUUCUUCCAGGAAUUCCUUCAGGAUUCUCUCUGGAUAUUAUUCCAGGAAUUGCUUUAGGAAUUUCUCUAAAAAUUCCUCCAACGGUUUCUUCCGAAAUUUCUCUAAGAUUUUCUCUAGGAAUUCCUCAAGAGAUUUCUUCAGAUUUUUUUCUAGGGAUUCCUCCAUGAAUUUCUACAGGAAUUUCCAGAAUUUAUCCAGGAAUUCCUCCAGGUAUACUUUAAGAAAUUCCUCCAGGGAUUGCUUCGGUAAUUUUUCCAGGGAUGGCUCCAGAAAUACCUGAAGUGAUUUCUUCAGAAAUUCCUCUCAUUUUCUCUUCAAAACUUCAAUAAGGAGUUCCUUCAGAAAUUUCAAAAAUCAUUCAAUCAUCGUUUCCAUGGAUAUACCCUAGAAUUUUUCUAGGAUUACCUGAUUACUUUUAAGAAUUACAUCAAGAAUUUCUGGAGAAAUUCCUUCAGUAAUUCUUCAAAGAAACACACAUGCCACAAGAGAGUCACGGCAGCGCAGGAUUUGGUUGCGUACAAGACACUGUGACUUACUUUGAACAUAUAAGAACUUACAUGCUAAAAGUGCUUUCAAACAUUGUUCAGGGAAUCCUUCAGAAAUUCAUCGUGUUGCGUUUAGUUAUAAAAGCUAGUAGGUACAAAUUUGCCAUGGGUACUUGCCCCCCUGACCGAAAAGCUGACUUCGCCCUUGAUUAGGUUUAGGAGGGUUAAAACACUUUUGGUGAGGUUUCUGGACAAAAAUUCUUGAAACAGUUCAUGCAGUUAUCUCUAGAGGAAUUAAUGCCUGACAGAAUAUCUGAAGAAACUUUUUCAGAUACCUUCUUGAUCAUUAAAAAAAAUCACGAGAAACUUCUGGAGAAACUUCUGGGAAAACUCUGGGGAAGUAAUUCCAGGGAAAAUUUUUUGAUGGGACUCCUGAAGAUAUUUGUAGAUAAAUUUCUGUAAAUAUCAGUAGCAGUAGCAGUAAUUGCCGAGAAAGGUACUGAGAGAAUUCUUUAAUAAAUUUCUGUGGAAUUUCUGAUCUCAUAGAGCUAUUUCUUGGGGAAUUUUUGUGAGAAUUUUAAAAACAAUUUCUAAAGCGAUUAGUUCACAAAAAAUCUGAAAUGAAUCCCACAGAAACAAAACAGAAAUCCUUAAGGAAUUCUUUAACGAAUUACUCAAAAAAUCAAAAAAAAAACGUUUUUAAAGGUAUCCCUGAAAAAAUACCUGGACAAGCUGUAGAACCCUCUGCUAGUAUUCAUAGAACAAUUUCUUAAAAAUUUCUUAAAGAUGCUAAGAAAUACAUUCCUGCAAGAAUUGCUAAGAAAAUCUUUGAAUAAACUCCAAAACCAUCACCGGCAAAGUUCCUGAAGGAAUCCCAGAGGAAAGGUUUGAAUAAAUCAUAAGCAAACCCUAUUGGAGGAGUACCUAGCCGAGCUUCUGGAGAGACGCAAAAGGGUCUUCCAGAAGAAUUAAUAGCGAGUUUUUUUUGGAAUUGCUAAAUAAGUGCAUGAGAGAGUCCCUGAAUAUAUGAAGGAACCUUUGAAUACCUGAAGGAACCUCUGAAGAAAUUUCGGUAAAAUGUUAUCAAAAACCCAACCUAUAGAACGAUGAUUCAUUGUUGAUCCCAUUGAUGAAUUUCGACUCUGAUAUUUUGAGAGAAAUAUAGGAAAAGAAAUAUCUAAGCAUUUUUUUUUAAAGAGACAAAAAAGUCCAUGAGCGUUCCAUAAUUUUCUUAGAGUGUGAGCUUUAUAAUACUGACAUUAAAAGUCAACCCGUAUUAAUUACUGUAUUCAAUAAUCUUGUAGAUUUUUUUUAACUCAACUAAAUGUUUAUAUUUUUUCUAAAAUUACAUUUUGUUUAGCGAAACUUUUUCAAAAAUAAAUAGAAAUGUUCCUUGGAUUUUCAAUAGAUAUUACUGUUAUAUAAUAAGGUAGCGAACCACUUGGGCAGUGGCCGGUAUUUUGGGCACUCUUCACUAUAACUCAGUCAAUUCCAAUCCAAUUUACUUGAAAUUUUGUAUACGUAUAGUAUCGCGUUCCAAAAAUUCUGUCAAUUGGUUCAGAAUUGGCUGAGUUAUCGCAGAAAAGUGCCCAAAAUAUUACCCCUGAAAAAAAAUGAAAAUAAAACCAUGAAAGUAUGGAAGUAAAUCAUGAAGGAAUUUUAAAAGGUGUUCCUGGAUAAAUCUCGGUAAUAGUAAAUGGAAAAAAUCCCCCAAAAAAAUAUUGGCGGAAUCCAGGAAAGAUCUGCUGGAUCAAUCUCAGAAAAUGGAGACAUCCUAUAUAUCCUAGAGGGAUCCAGGAGGAAAUUGCUGGAAGAAUCCCGGAAGGAACUCCUGGAGGAAUCUCCGAAUUUUCAAAAGGAGGAAUCUCAGAAAGAAUCAUAGAGUAAUUCCAGAAGACUCUCGAAGAAAUCCUAAAAAGAAGGAGUGAAUUUCGAAAGGAAGUUCUGGAAGAAUAUCGGUAGAAAUCACGGUUGAAAUUUCUGGAAGGAGGAAUCUUUGAAGGAACUCUAGGACGAAUCCCAAAAGCAACUCCUGAUCAAUUUUGGAAAAUUUUGGAGGAGUCCCAGAAGAAUCUCCGAACAAAUGAGAGAAUUCUCGAAGGAGCUUCUGGAGGAAUUCAAGAAAAAACUCAUUGAAAAAUCACAGAAGAAACUUUCAAACAAAAGCUGCUUAUGGAAUUCAAAAAAAAGGUAAUCCUUAUAGGAACUUCUAGACGAAUCCAAGAAGAAACUUUUUGAGGAUUCCAAGAAUUAAUUCCUGAAAGGACACCUGAGGCAACUGCUGGAGUAAUUUCAGUAGGAACUCCUGGGGGUCCCUCGAAGGAACCUCCGGAGAAAUCUUAUAAAGAACUUUUAGGUCAAUCUCUGUAGUCACUCCUGGAGGAAUUCCAGAAGGAGCUUCGUAAUGAAUCUCAGAAGGAACUCUAGGAGGAAUCUGAGAAGAAAUUGUCCUAGGAAACAAGAUGGAAUUUAUGGAGGAAUUCACAAGGAACUUCUGAAGGAAUGCCUGAAGAAAUUUAUGGAGGAUUAUCACUCUGUAGCAAGCGAAUUUACGGAUUCAGUCAGGAAUGCUUCUUAGGAUUCCUUUCUGAAUUUCUACAGAGUUCGUCCAGGAAUUCCAGGAGAAAGAGUUCCUUCUAUAAUUUCCUCUGGAUUUUUUUCGGAAAAUAAUUCUGAAUUUGGCUUUAUGUUCCUCAUGGACAUCUUUCGAAGGGUUAUUGCUGAAUUCAUUCAAUAAUUUUGUUUUUCGUAAUUGCUUGCUAGAUUGUUUGAUAGACAUCCUUACCGAAAUAGCCAAUAAAUUUUCCUCAGAGUCGUACCAAAGUUCAUCACCAGUAUGUCUUUUUCACUUCACUUUUUCAUUUUUUGUGAAACUAUUGUGCUAAAAGAGGUUCAAAAAAAAUCCCUCGUGAAAUAAAUUGAAGCAUUUCUGGAGGAAUUUAUAAAAGAAUGCACGGCAGUGUUCCUGAAGGCUUAGUUACAGUUUAAGUAUCUCUAGAACCAUGAACCAUGUGUUUAGGCGGGGUUAGAUAUAAGAGGAUUGAAACGGUCUGACUCCAUUGCAAAUUACUCAGACAAACCAACGAAGUUUUACAAUAAUAAUCACAACACCCCAUUCUAUUGUCUAUUAUGUAAACUAGAACACAAAAUGUCAAUAACAUUUUUGGGAGGCAUCGCAUCGUCAUGGCCACAAAUCGAUUCCAACGAAAUUCAGAUGUCCACUCAUGUCCUUCACCACCACUACCCGGAGGAGGAAAGGACAAUGAACGAAAACCACUCGAUGCACACGCUGAGAAUUCAAGCACCCCUUCAUCAUCCCCAUAGCCAACAAUGCAAUCAGCUAGUGCUUGUGGCCAAUCGAUUUACAUUUUUCCAAUUUUGUCUGCCGAACUGUGGCGAUAUGAGUUUCGGAUGGACUGGCCGAAACUGACUAUGUAGGUACAAAUGGCGGCCAUGGUGCGAUGGAUGGUGUAGCUGUGAAACAACCAGCCGCUAACAAAGUUCAAUUCAGUAGAAUUAAACGGUUCCGAAAAUUUCAGAGACUGGGUUGGUAACCGUAGUAUGUAGUACUAAUAUCAGAACAAUGCGUUUUAAAGUUCGCUAAAAUGGCAAUUAUUAUUGCGAUAAUUGUUCUCAACACUUUGACGAUUUUUUUGAUAAAGUAACAUCCAAUGUCUAUCGGCUUUUUCUUAUCAUUUGACACUUACAAAAAUCCUUUCAUAAUAAUGGUUUAUCACACUACGUUUUUUAACACAAAAAAUAGGGAAUACAAACCCGAUAAUAUUUAUAACUCAUUGUAAUAUAAUCACAAACAUCUUUCAUGUUUGUAAAAUGUUAUAACUCAAUUAUAUCACAUAAUCAAAAAGUUGUUCAAUAAUUCAUUGUAGUAUUAUUUUAUUCUGAAACUUCGAAAAUAAUAUUACAAAAUUGUACCUCAUUUUGAUAUAAACUAGUUAUCUCUCUCUCUUCUUGGCGUAACGUCCUCACUGGGACAAAGCCUGCUUCUCAGCUUAGUGUUCAAGCACUUCCACAGUUAUUAACUGAGAGCUUCCUCUGCCAAUGACCAUUUUGCAUGUGUAUAUCGUGUGGCAGGCACGAAGAUACUCUAUGCCCAAGGAAGUCAAGGAAAUUUCCUUUACGAAAAGAUCCUGGACCGACCGGGAAUCGAACCCGUCACCCUCAGCAUGGUCAUGCUGAAUACCCGUGCGUUUACCGCCUCGGCUAUAUGGGCCCUAUAAACUAGUUAUCUUGUAGUCAAUAUCACAUUUUGUUAUAAUUUUGUUCUGAUUAUAACUAAACAAGUUAUUACCUUGAUUUUACCAGCAAUCAGCAUACUUUCUGUUGCAAUUUAAGCUAUUUUACCAUCAUUCUGCACCUGAUAUGUAACACAAUAAGUAUGUAGCAAGAUAAAUAUUAGAAUAUCAAAACGCAUAACGUUAUAAAAUUGGUAAAGUUUUCUAGUCCGAAUCAGACUAACGUCUAGAGACGCCGUCCUACGUCACAGAAUGAAAUGUAAUGCAUCCAAGCCAUAAAAACUCUCAGGGAAGCCUUUGGCCUCCAAGGACAAAGGCCUAAAAUUAAAAAAAAAACUUGAACUUCACCAAAAUGAAUGCAUUGCUGCUCGCUUUCACAGCUUCACAAAACUAGUGUGCAGUACCCAAAGUAAGCUGAUGGAGCAAGCAAUACAUCAUUCAGAUUUAAGGACACGCGACCUCGGAGAGAACCGAAGAGCGAGAGUUGGGAAUUGGAUGGGAUCCAAAAAUCAGAUAAAAAAAAACACUUUCUGGCAGUCGUCUAGCAGCCAGGACGAGUAAGUAAUUUUCAACAGCCGCAAUCGGGCCAUCUCGGUACGGAACGACUCGCUGGGUUCACAGGCUUUUUUCGAUGGUGAUGCAGGCUGAAGCUGCUGCGACUACUGCUGGUGGUGGUCCUUGAAAACGUGGAACAUUUUUGAAUGAGCUCAUGGUCAGGCCGGCUGGAGGACAAGUGUGGCUUUCAUCCAUGGUGAUUUUUCACAAAAACGGCUAAUUACAGCAAUUCAGUGUCUAUUGAGUGAUUGAAUACGUUCUCUGAACGUGGCAGACUAUCUAUGAUUUUUAAAGCAUUUAAAUAGUUGAAUGUUUUACCUGGAAAAGCACAAUGGCGUGUGUGAUUGU